AAGCGAUAGAUGGCAGCGGCCUCCUCCUACGCCACCGCCGUCGCUCUCCUCUGCCUGCUCGCCGCCGAUGGCUGCUGCGGCUGCCCCUGGUUUCUUCCUGCUGCAUUCUGCCCUGCCCCCACCCCUUACACCCCUGCACCUGUCCCCGCUACUCCCACCCCUCGCCCCGUUACACCUACACCUGUCCCCGCUACCCCCAGCCCCGGCUCCGGCAGCACCAACGUCGAUGCCGGCGGCUGGCUGGACGCCCGGGCCACCUGGUACGGCGCUCCGGAUGGCGCCGGGCCGUUGGACAACGGUGGAGCGUGUGGGUUCAAGAACGUGAACCUGCCGCCGUUCAACGCCAUGACGUCGUGCGGCAAUGAGCCGAUCUUCAAGGACGGCAAGGGGUGCGGCUCCUGCUACCAGAUAAGGUGCGUGGGCAAGGCUCACCCGGCGUGCUCCGGCGUCCCCGAGACGGUGAUCAUCACGGACAUGAACUACUACCCUGUCGCCCGCUACCACUUUGACCUCAGCGGCACCGCCUUCGGCGCCAUGGCCAAGGACGGCCGCAACGAAGAGCUCCGCCACGCCGGCAUCAUCGACAUGCAGUUCAAGAGGGUGCCGUGCCAGUACCCAGGGUUAUCGGUGACGUUCCACGUGGAGAAGGGGUCGAACCCGAACUACCUCGCGAUCCUGGUGGAGUAUGGGAACGGCGACGGCGACGUGGCGCAAGUGGACCUCAUGGACGGCGACGAGGCGACUGGGGCCUGGGCCCCGAUGAGGCAGUCGUGGGGCUCCAUCUGGCGCAUGGACACCCGCCGCCCGCUCCGGGGGCCCUUCUCCUUGCGGGUUACCAACGGGUCCGGCAGGUCGCUUGUCGCCGAUCAGGUCAUCCCCGCCGACUGGAAGCCCGAAGCCGUGUACAGCUCCGACGUCCAGUUUGAUGGUUGAUGCCUGUAGGCAAUAAGCCUCGGCUAGGUUUUAGACACGGCGAGCGCGUGCGUGCGCGCAGUGGCCGCGUCGGGCUCGGGCCGGAGCAGACUUGGGUGCGUGCGUGCGCUCCCAAGUGUAGGUGUGCGUGUGUGCAUGAGUUAGCGCGUGUGUGCGCGGGUUAGUUAACGUAGGACCAGGGCAUGGGCCGCGUAGGGCGCGCGGAAUGGCCGCGGCGAUCGCGUCAGAGCGCGAUGGGCGCACGCGAGCCAGAGCGUGCGGGGCGUGGCGAGUGGGAGGUGGGUGAGUUGAGGCGCGGCGCGGGCAUGUCCGUGCGCGCGGGUACAAAACCCUCUCCCCCCUGUGUGAGUCGCUGAGGAGAUCGAGUUUGUGCUC